AUACACAACAACUAAUAUUCAUAUAAAUACUCUUAAACCUAUCUAACAUACCCAACAUUUCAAUAUCAAAAACUCUUAAACUUGGUUGAGCAAAAUGAACAUGGAGGAUGGUUUGAAUCUUACACUCGGAUUGCCCGGAAGAGACGAAUCCGAUAAAGAAUCAUGUUUCAAGAACAACAACAACAACAAAAGGUCUCAACUUGAAAUGAAUGAUGAGUCAAAUGGUAGUAGUGAUCAUGCCAAAGAGGUUGACAUGGAAAAUGCACCUGCUACAAAAUCACAAGUUGUGGGAUGGCCUCCUGUGAGGAACUAUAGGAGGAACAAUAUUCAAGCGAAAAAGGCGAGUGAAACCGAGAGUGGGAUGUAUGUGAAAGUGAGCAUGGAUGGUGCACCUUAUCUUAGGAAGAUUGACUUGAAGGUUUAUAAAGGCUAUCCAGAGCUUCUAAAAGCUUUGGAGAACAUGUUUAAACUCACAAUUGGUGUUUAUUCUGAGAGAGAUGGCUAUAAAGGAUCCGAGUUUGCUCCUACUUAUCAAGACAAAGAUGGUGAUUGGAUGCUUGUUGGUGAUGUCCCAUGGGAAAUGUUUAUGUUAUCUUGCAAAAGGAUGAGAAUCAUGAAAGGAUCGGAAGCAAAAGGGUUGGGAUAUAAUGUAUGAAGGUCACUAAAGAUGCAUGAUGAUAUAAGAUGGAGUGGAAGACAAGAUAGAUGAAUCUUUCAGCUUGAGUUCUCCCGGAACAAGUUUUCAUAUUUUGAAUAUGUCAUCUGUAUCAAUGAACUUUGACAGGAUAUUUAGUUCAAGAAAAAAAAAUCAUAGGGUUUACUGAAAACUAAGUGAAUCCAUAGUUUGAUCAUAUAUAGUUUUGUUUGUGUAAAUUUAUGGCAGGAAUAUCAGUGAUGUUUUUGAUGUUCUUUAUUUUGUUUGUAAUACAUUUUUUUUUAUUAUGAUUAAAAGUUUCAUUUA